AUGCCUUCGCCGACGGACCCCGCGCUUCAGUUUGACUCCAUCGAGGAUACAAUUAAAGCUUUCAAGAACGGGGAAUUCAUCGUCGUCCUCGACUCCCAAGACCGCGAAAAUGAAGGCGAUCUCAUUAUCGCCGCCGAGUCUAUAACAGACGCGCAAAUGGCAUUCCUAGUCCGCUACACAAGCGGCCUGAUCUGCGCACCCAUCACCCCCGAGAUUGCCAACCGCCUCCAGCUCCCCCAGAUGGUCCUCGAGAACACCGACCCCAAGGGAACCGCCUACACAGUCUCCAUUGACUCCGCCGACCCCUCUAUCACAACCGGUAUCUCCGCGCACGACCGCGCUCUAGCCUGUCGAACCCUCGCCUCCCCCUCCGCCCAACCGCAAGACUUUCGCCGACCAGGUCACAUAAUCCCGCUGCAGGCGAAGGCCGGCGGCAUCCGGCAACGGACGGGUCACACAGAGGCUGCCGUUGAGUUCUGCAGACUGGCGGGUAAGGCUCCGGCUGGUGUUAUUGCGGAGCUUGUUGAGGACGGCGAGAUCGUUGAGGGUGUUGCCGAGAUCCGAGGGAACAAUGGCAUGAUGAGGCGCGAUGGGUGUUUGAAGUUUGGGCGCAAGUGGGGGUUGAAGGUGUGCACUAUUGAGGAUCUGGUUGAGUAUGUUGAGCGGACAGAGGGCCCGUUGCAGCCCGAGGGCGUCAAUGGGAAGCACUGA